UUGUGCGUUUGUUUUCAUAUUUUCGAAUACAUAAAUCAGAAAUAUAUGUGAAAUAAUAAUAAGAUUUAUUUUUUGAAAUUGUUAUUUAAAAAUGACGGUAUAUUUAGUAAUAAGUACAUUGCUUCUUUUAUAUGCUGGAUGGCAUCAAUGUGUUGCAGAAAUAACACCAACAAUCUCCAUCAACAUGAAUGAAGCUGGCUUCCAUCGCAAUCUGAAAUAUAAUAUACAAUUCGAGCAACCACUAGCUGAUGAAGCGUGUGAGUAUAUGCUCCAACAAUUUUUGCCCGCUGCAGUUUAUGUUAGCAAAGAUCAAUUGGAUGAUUUACAGCGUUUAAACAAAUUAAGUGCUGUAUACCCCAAUUUUGUUGAUAUUGAAUUGUCAACUGAAAAGGCAGAACCAUUUACAGUACUACUGAAGGGCGUCACCAAAACAACUGGCGCAAUUAAUUUACCCAUACAUUUUCGAUAUCAUGCUCCUAGUGAUAAGCGUUUUGUGUCUGUUGAUAUUGAACCACCAAAAAUGUUUAUAAGAUGUGUUAAUAACAUGGAAAAUUUAAUUGAUCAUGAAGUUCAAUUAACACCAGGUGUUUUAUAUUGUCAAAACGAAACAACUUUUAUGACGGCAAGAAAUAAUACAGAUCUGUCAACAAAUGUUAACAAUUGUAAUUGGUUACUCAUAAAAGUUAAUUAUAAAAUUAAACAUGUGCUAAGAGCUAAAAUCCCCGUUGGUAAUGAAAAGUCCUUUCCACCUAUACUGUAUGCAACAAUUAUUCUUAGCUGGGUAGUUUCAAUAUGGACAGUAAUGCGUACACAACAUGUACCACGUUAUAUAAAUUCGAAGUUGGAACAACAGAGGAGUUUUGAAAAUAAAACUAAAACAAAAUAAAUUUUCAAAUUAACGUUUUUUAGCGAAGAAAAAGAAGUAUUUAAUACAAAGUAAUUAGAGCCAAAUGUAAAGCGGGUAGUGACUUAUAAAGUGUACUCAAUUUAAAUUAGUUCAAACCUAUAGUGUAGCUGAUAAUUUUGAUUUGCUGUGCGAACAAAUUUCAAACACAAACUAUAUGUAUUUAUAUUAAAAUUAUUAUAAAACUAUAACAAGAUAAUUUCUCCACAUAGCGUUAUCUUACUAUUGUUACUUAAGAUAACAUUUAUUGUAAAAAUAGUUGAUUAAGUUUAUAUAUAAAAUCAG